AGCCGAGCAGCUCUGGAACCCCAAGCGCCCAGCAGGCAUCCCCGAGCAUUCGGAAGCAUGGCGUUCGAGAGGACCUAUGACUAUGCCUUCAUGGACAUGGACCAGAAGGCCUCGGUGCUGGCGCUGCUCCGCGCCGCCGCGGAGGCGGAGCUGGACACGGAGGACGCGCGGUGCAAGCUCUGUGAGCUGCCGGAUUUCAACCCCAUGGCGGCCUUUCGCGCAGUGCAAGGGUCCAGCCACAAAGGAUGGAUGAGCGCCAGCGAUCUCCACUACUGGCUCUCCUCGCAGCCCCAUCCAGUGGCAAGCUACAAGCUGGAAGAUGUGCUUGCAGCCGUCCGCCUGCGCACCGGAUCCAUGGAGAUCUUUCCAGAGGACUUCGUGCGCAUGACCACGCCCAACUUUCGGUCCAGCAGCUGGCUGAAGGAGAGCUGGCGCUGAGUCGGGGAGGCGCCAUGGAGGUUUACUUCGAGAAGCGCUUGCUGCCGGAGGUGUCGUACCGCUUCUGCCAGCUGUUCCUGUUGGAGCUCGACUUUGUGAACCGCUUGCGCUUUCAUCAAAGGAGCCUGAGACAGGCCGCCGUGUCGGGCCACAGUGUCAUGAAGUACUUGGAUGCGGAGGAAGGGUUCUGCGCAGGCAUGGGCGGCCUGCUGUGCGCCAGCGCCGUGCGGGCGGUGCUGCAGCGGGGGGUCCUGGGCUGCUCCCGGCCCAUGGAGCCUCUGCUGUGCGAUGCCCUGCUGAAGCGGAUCAACCCCACGGAUGCCGCCUUCUUCCCGGGCGAUAAUUUGGGCCGGCUGUUGGAUCUGGUGGUACCCAACUCCGGUACCUACACCUCCUGGGCGGACCGGUCCUGGGCGGACCGGUCCCUGGACCGCUCCAUGGAUCGCCUGGACCGCUGGGAGCGCGAGUUCCGGCUCUCCCCCGCCCGGGCCACCAGCCCGGCGCGCCGGGCCUCCAGCCCCGCCCGCAGCCCGGCCCGCAGCCCGGACCGGAGCUUCGACCGGAGCUUCGAGCGGAGCUUCGAGAUGUCCCCCAAGACCCCGUCCACGCCGCUGCCGGACUACCUGACGCCGGACCUGCGCCGGAAGAAGCUCUUCGACUCCUGGGCCUCGCCGGUGCGCGCGGCCUACUCGCCCAUGUCGGAGCUGUCCACUCAGGACCCGGGCCUGUCCAUGGACCGGAGCUUCUUGGACUACCAGUCGCCCACCUCGCCUUACGCCUCCGCGCUGCGGGCAUCCAGUCCUUUCCGGGCAGGCUCUGCCUCUCCGGGCCCUUCGCCAGCACUGGGCGGCCCCACGCGAUCCUCGCUCUUCCUCGGAAGCCGCGAGCACCACGCCAUGCAGCAGACAUUGCAGGUGAUGGCCCGCCAGGCCAAGCUGGAUUCGCAGGUGGAAGACCUGAAGAGUUUGCUGCCCGCCUGCUGCACCACAGAGGAGGUCUUCGCAGAGCUCGACGACACUUUGAGGGCUAGCUAUGUGAGCCUGAGCGACGUGCGCCGCUUCAUGUUCAGCUUCGGCUUCACCGUGAAGUACGCCAACUUCUCGGCUCUGGUCAACGAGCUGCACCUCCGCCGCAAGAUCUUCACGCGGCACUCGCUGAAAGGCUCGCUCAUGCUUCCAGACAGCUUGGACUUGCGCGACAUCGCCGUGUUGUCUCUGCCGCUGUCCAGUGAGGCUUGCCAGGCCGUCAUGUCCAGCAGCACCGACGAGGAAGCGAGGUCUGUUCUGUACCUGCUGCGCACUUCGGAAGCCUGCCCUGGCUGCGGCACGCGGGCCCAGCGCAGUGCCGACGCCGCGGGCUGCCCCAGCGUCACGUGCCCGGUGUGCCGGACACCGUUCAGGUGCUACCACGUCGCAGGCGACCGUCCCGAACCCAGCUAUCCACUGACAGCGACCGCCAAGAAUCACCUCUACCGCCUCUUCGGGGCCGCCCUGGAGGCCGCUGAGGAGCUGGAGCGGGACCGCCGCGAUCUCGCCGCCUUCCUCUCCCACGAGAUUUGCGGGCUUUGCGACGUCUUUGCGGCUUUGGCUUCGGGACGUGACAGCUUGGGCUUCUCCCAAGCGGACCUCCGCCGUGCCUUCGCCACCCAGGGCCUGCCGACCCCGCCGGGAGAGCAGUGGGACCUCCUGUGGCGCAGAUUUGCCGCGGCCGACUCCAGCACCGUGACCUUUUUGGACUUCAAAAGCCAGCUGCAACCUUUUCUUUGAAAAGGCGAUCUCCGCCAGCGCAGACAGAAGGGGAAGCAGUGCGAGACAGGCCUGUGGAACCGCAUCGGCUGAGCUCGCGCGGUUCGGGACAGAGCGAAAGGCCACUGAAGAGCAAGCACUUACCGCUGCUGCAAACUUGUGUAUGUGGCUUUGCUGGCACCUCUUGCUACAGUAUAACAGCCCUGCAAGCCACACCAAAAUUCCAAAC